GACGGCUUCUCCACUGCACUACUUCCAGCAGCAGUUUGACAGCCCACCAAUAUUUAUAUCUAAAGAGAGAAACAGAGAGAUCGUCUUCCUUUCUCUCCGUUUCUCUCCAUUCCAGAGAAGUUCUCCAACUCUUAGGCUGCCCCCGAUUUCCCCUUCCCAUCUCUCUAUCCCAAAUGGUGGAGAUCCUCUGAUCCGCCCCAUGGCGAAUUAUCUCGCCCAGUUCCAGACCAUCAAAAACUCUUGCGAUCGCCUCAUCAUCGCUGUUGAGGAUGUAAGUGACUUGUGGCCCAGUGUAAAAGAAGGGUUUGAAGAACGCUUGCCACUAAAGAAGGCCUGUCUAAAUAACAAGACACGCAAUCCUGUGAAUGUAGAGAAGCUACCGGCUGAGUUCAUAUUAACCACUGAUGCAAGGCUACGCAGCCGUUUCCCACAAGAGCAGUCUGUUUUUUGGUUUCGGGAACCAUAUGCAACUAUUGUUCUUGUUACUUGUGAGGAUCUUGAUGAGUUUAAGACAAUUAUAAAACCACGGCUCAAGUUAAUUGUUCAAAAUGAUGAUCGAGAAUGGUUCAUUGUAUUUGUGUCGAAGGCUCACCCGAACAAUGACCAAGCAACCAAAAUGGCAAAGAAAGUAUACACUAAACUUGAGGUUGAUUUCAAUUCCAAGAAGAGAGAAAGAUGCUGCAAAUUGGAUUUACAUGGAGCUGAUGCUAGCUUUUGGGAAGACCUGGAUUCCAAAAUAGUGGAAUCUAUCAGGAAUACAUUGGAUAGACGUGUUCAAUUUUAUGAAGAAGAAAUUCGCAAACUCAGUGAACAACGUUUAAUGCCAGUGUGGAACUUCUGUAACUUCUUUAUCCUGAAGGAAAGCUUAGCUUUUAUGUUUGAGAUGGCUCAUCUUCAUGAAGAUUCAUUACGUGAAUAUGAUGAACUGGAACUUUGCUAUUUAGAAACAGCAAAUACUCCUGGGAAGCAGAGGGAUUUUGGAGGAUUGGAACAUGGGGAUGAUCAGGCCGCGCUGUUAAAGCAUGGGUUCAAACCAUUAACUCAAAUUGUUGAUGAUGAUUCAUUUAGAGAGUUCGAAUUCAGACAGUACCUAUUUGCAUGCCAGUCCAAGCUAUUAUUUAAAUUAGGCCGUCCUGUUGAGGUUGCUGCAAGGGGCUAUUCAUUUAUUAUUGGGUUCUCAAAGACCCUGGCCUUGCAUGAGAAUUUGUUACCAUUUUGCUUGCGAGAAGUGUGGGUGCUAACUGCUUGUCUGGAUUUGAUCAAUUCAUCUUCUUCCUAUUAUGAUGGUGGGAUGGUGGCACCUGAUAUUGGAAAGGAAUUCCGUCGUCUUCAGGGUGAUCUAUUUUCGCUUGGUCGAGUUAAGUUCAUGAGGCUUGCAUAUUUGAUUGGAUAUGGAGUUGAAAUGGAAAAAAGUCCAUUCAACAGUGCUUCUUUAAGCAUGCUUCCCUGGCCCAAGCCAGCUACUUGGCCGGCAGUCCCGCCUGAUGCUUCAGCUGAAGUUCUUGCAAAAGAGAAGAUGAUUCUCCAAGCAAAUCCCAAAGCAAAGCACUUCAAUAUUCAAAGAAAACCAUUGCCGCUAGAACCUUCUUUACUUCUACGAGAGGCUAAUCGACGGAGGGCUUCCCUUUCUAUUGGAAAUGUAUCAGAGUUAGUAGAUGGUCGUCAUACUGAUGGUUCAGGUAUGGAUGGACAUUCAAGACUCUCCCCUUCUAAUAAAAGUCAUGCGAGCCCCAUGUCACGAACCCUCUCUGGAUCAGCAAACCCUGAUAGCUCUACAUCACUUGAUCGCCCUAUGAGAUUAUCAGAAAUCUAUGUUGCAGCAGAGCAUGCACUGAAGAAUACGAUUUCUGAUCCUGAUCUAUUGAAAUCUCUGUUAUCAUUGCAGGAAUUUGAGCAAAAAUAUAUGGAGCUUACAAAAGGAGCUGCUGAUAAUUACCACCAUUCAUGGUGGAAAAGACAUGGCGUUGUCCUUGAUGGAGAGAUUGCAGCUCUGUGUUUUAAGCAUGGAAAUUAUGAUAUGGCUGCCAAGUCAUACGAGAAGGUUUGUGCUCUCUAUGCUGGUGAAGGAUGGCAAGACCUGCUGGCAGAAGUUCUUCCCAACCUGGCAGAGUGUCAAAAGAUUCUCAAUGAUCAAGCUGGCUAUCUCUCAUCUUGUGUUAGAUUACUGUCACUAGAUAAUAGUUUAUUCUCAACGAAAGAACGGCAAGCUUUCCAGUCAGAGGUUGUACGGCUUGCUCACAGCGAGAUGAAGCAUCCAGUACCCCUUGAUGUUUCAUCGCUAAUAACAUUUUCUGGGAAUCCUGGCCCACCACUUGAGUUAUGUGAUGGGGACCCUGGUAAAUUAUCAGUGACAGUCUGGAGUGGCUUUCCUGAUGAUAUUACUAUUGAAUCUCUAAGUUUGACACUGACAGCUACAUACAACGUGGAUGAAGGUGUCAAGGGAAUAAAAAGCUCAGAUGUUAGCAUUCUGAAACCAGGUAGAAAUGUUAUUACUCUUGACCUACCUCCACAAAAGCCAGGGUCCUAUGUAUUGGGAGUUCUUACUGGACAGAUCGGACAAUUGAAAAUUAGAUCUCAUAGUUUCUCAAAAGGUGGUCCUCCCGAUAGUGAUGAUUUUAUGAGCUAUGAAAAACCAACAAAACCUGUUCUGAAGGUGCUCAAACCAAGACCUUUAGUUGAUAUUGUUGCUGCAGUAUCAUCUGCUUUGCUAAUGAAUGAACUCCAGUGGGUUGGAUUAAUUGUGAGGCCAAUUGACUACUCUUUGAAAGGUGCUACCUUGCACGUAGAUACUGGUCCAGGACUGAUGAUUGAGGAGUCGUAUAGGAUUGAGAUAGAGCCUUACACAAAGGCAAUGGAGCAUGGAUUUCAUUCAGGGGACUCCAACAUUCCAAAAAGGGGUGCCUCUUCCAGCAGAGAAUUUGAAGAGUUGUUGCUUGAAAGUGGUAAAAUAGCUUUGCCAGAUUGGUCUAGUGAUAUAUCUACUGUCUUAUGGUUUCCUGUUUGUGCUAUUGAUAACAGGAUGGCUAGAGGAAUAUCUGCAGUCCACCCCCAGAAACAGAGUGUAGUAGAUGGAAUGAGGAUGAUUGCUUUGAAACUUGAAUUCGGAGUUUUCCACAACCAGAUAUUUGAAAGGACAAUAGCUGUGCACUUUACUGACCCAUUCCAUGUCAGCACUCGUUUGGCGGAUAAAUGCAAUGAUGGUACUUUACUUUUGCAGGUGAUAAUACACUCUCAAGUGAAGGCUACUUUGAGCUUACAGGAUGCAUGGUUGGAUCUUCAAGCCGGAUUCGUUCACUUAGGAAAAGGGGAUGGAAGGCCAACUUCAAGUUUCUUCCCACUUUCAAUCUCUCCAACUUCUACAGCAGCACUCUUGUUUAGCAUUAGCUUAGAGAGUCAGCCUAGUGGAGAUCAAACUGAGGGACCACAAACAGAGAGUGUAUUGAAUAUUAAAUAUGAAAUCUCCGGCAACAGAACCAUUGGAGCUCAUACACCUGCUUUGGUUAAACCUGGGGGCAAUGGGGAACUGCUCUUUAAGAGUGUGCUUGUUUUACAGCGGCCUGUACUUGAUCCAUGCAUAGCAGUUGGUUUUCUUCCAUUUUCUUCCAACUGCUUGAGAGUUGGCCAACUGGUUAAUAUGAGAUGGAGAGUCGAAAGAUUGAAAGAUUUGAAUGACAACUCAUCUUCCUCAUGCAAAGAUGAGGUACUGUAUGAAGUUGCUGCUAACCCGGAAAAUUGGAUGAUUGCUGGGAGGAAACGGGGGCAUGCAUCACUGUCCAAAACGCAGGGUUCACGGAUAGAAAUCACAGUGACGUGUGUGCCGUUGGUGUCUGGAUAUGUUCGGCCUCCUCAUCUUGGCUUGCCUGAUGUGGGGGAUGCAAACAUUAGCAGCAAUCCAGCAGGGCCUCAUCUGGUCUGUGUCCUUCCUCCAACCCUCAGUUCUUCAUAUUGUAUACCAGCAUGAUUUUAUUGAGACAUACGUAAUCGACAUUUGUAGAAUAAGUGCUAAGGUUUUGGUUACAAUCUUGCAUUUAUUGUAUUGUUCACUUAGCUUCUUAGAGUUUUAAAGUUUGGUUUUAGAUUUUGAUAAUAUGUAGUUUCUCAAAAAAGGAUCUUGAUAGUCUGUAUCACUUGGUGGAAGUUUUUUAAAAGAAGACAUUCAAUGGUGGUUUAUUUAUGGUGUGUUUAA